CAAUGACAGGCGGCGGGCGGUGACUGCCGCUGGGCCUGCAGAGACCUCCAGCCUGGCUCGCCCGAGCUCGCCCGCUGUCCGCCAGCCCGCGGGAGGGAGGAGAGAAGCGCAGCGUUUCCGCGGUUGGCUACCUCAGUGUCUUGGUCUAAAGUUGCCUCAUUGCGGCUGGCGUUCCCAAUACAGACGCAUCUUUUCUUUUUUAAUACUUCCUAAGAAACAGAAUAACCUUCAAGCUGGCGGGAGCAAUGGUUCACAUAAAGAAAGGCGAGCUGACCCAGGAGGAGAAGGAGCUGCUGGAAGUCAUCGGGAAAGGUACUGUCCAAGAAGCUGGAACAUUAUUAUCCAGCAAGAAUGUUCGUGUCAACUGUUUGGACGAGAAUGGAAUGACUCCUCUAAUGCAUGCAGCAUAUAAAGGAAAACUUGAUAUGUGCAAGUUACUACUGCGACAUGGAGCCGAUGUAAAUUGCCAUCAGCAUGAACAUGGAUACACAGCCCUCAUGUUUGCUGCACUUUCUGGUAAUAAAGACAUCACAUGGGUAAUGUUGGAAGCUGGUGCUGAGACAGAUGUUGUCAACUCUGUGGGAAGAACAGCAGCUCAGAUGGCAGCCUUUGUCGGUCAACAUGAUUGUGUGACCAUAAUCAACAAUUUCUUUCCUCGAGAGAGACUGGAUUAUUACACUAAGCCCCAGGGACUGGAUAAGGAGCCAAAACUGCCACCAAAAUUGGCAGGCCCACUGCACAAAAUCAUCACCACAACGAAUCUUCAUCCUGUCAAGAUUGUGAUGCUUGUAAAUGAGAAUCCUCUGCUGACAGAAGAAGCAGCCCUGAAUAAAUGCUACAGAGUGAUGGAUUUGAUUUGUGAGAAAUGUAUGAAGCAAAGAGACAUGAAUGAAGUAUUGGCUAUGAAAAUGCAUUACAUAAGCUGUAUCUUUCAGAAAUGCAUUAACUUCUUGAAAGAUGGAGAGAAUAAACUGGACACCUUGAUCAAAAGCUUGUUAAAAGGCCGAGCUUCUGAUGGCUUUCCAGUGUAUCAAGAAAAGAUCAUUAGAGAAAGUAUCAGAAAAUUUCCUUACUGUGAAGCUACACUCCUCCAGCAGCUGGUUCGAAGCAUUGCUCCUGUUGAAAUUGGUUCUGAUCCCACUGCAUUCUCCGUCCUUACCCAAGCCAUCACUGGCCAGGUGGGUUUUGUGGAUGUGGAAUUUUGCACUACCUGUGGAGAAAAGGGAGCAAGUAAAAGAUGUUCAGUUUGCAAAAUGGUGAUAUAUUGUGAUCAAACCUGCCAGAAAACACACUGGUUUACUCAUAAGAAAAUCUGUAAGAAUCUGAAGGACAUUUACGAAAAGCAACAAUUGGAGGCUGCCAAAGAAAAGAGACAAGAGGAAAACCAUGGCAAACUUGAUGUCAAUUCUAACUGUGUUAAUGAAGAGCAACCAGAGGCUGAAGUGGGUAUCUCCCAAAAAGAUUCCAAUCCUGAAGAUUCCAGGGAAGGAAAGAAAGAAUCUCUUGAAAGUGAAGCUGAGUUGGAAGGCUUACAAGAUGCUCCUGCAGGGCCACAGGUGUUGGAGGAGUAAAAGCCAGAGCAAGUGCCAGUGUGGAUGGUCCUCCCCCUGCAAGAAGCUGGAAAACUCAUGGGAAUGCAUUGUCCUCGCCUCGUUAUACCUGCAUGGCACCAUGGCAGGAUUCCACAUUUCAUAGAAUAGAGGUUUUCAAGGAAACCCCUGUUGACCAUGCCCUAAUUUCCUAUUGAUUUCUGUUCUAUAAUUGAACAGAUAAUCCUAUGGAAAAUUUUUGUUUCAAAAUACAGGAAAAACAUUCCUAUUCCCUUUCUGAGGCUGGCUUUCCAGCAGUUGUUUCAAAGGAAAAUAGAUCUCCUUAAAGAAAAAAUACAGACUUUAGGGAACAAAGGGACAAGCAGAACAGGUGUGGAAGAGAGAUAUUCAGGAAAGAAAAAAUUUAUAGCUACAGAGAUGGGUAGUUAGAAAAAUCAUAACUUAUAUGUGAAUAAAAUACAUAUAAACAGCAUUUACUGUAGUGGCGUUCUACUUAAGAUGCAAUGAAAUGAAGAAAAGCUUCAUGUUCAAGGACCUUUGCCAUAGUUCAGCUAAUUGUAGUUUUAUACAGAAAUGAUCCUAAACACUCUGAACUUGACAUAGUCCUGCGGUGAUACUCUAUCUGCGGUAUUUGUACCUCCAGAAUGGCAGAUCCCUCAGCAGGAACAAAGGCGUAUUGACUGUUCUCUCAGCAUGUGCAAAAAAGGUACUUCCUGAAACUUUUGAAUCAAUAAUGGCUAAACAUACUAUGUACACAAUUAUUGUAAGGCUAAUUCACGUGCCAUACUCCACCUGAAAGCCUGAGUUAUCUUGCUAUAAGCUUUUCAUGGAGCACUUCCUUUCCAGAAACUGAUUUGUAACUCUAUUAGAGAAUGUCCUGGUGUCAGUUGUUAGCAUAUGUAGUAUUUAAACAGAGCUAGAAUGUGAUGUCUGAAGAUAGUGCUGCGUUUCUAAGUUUCUUGUGUGAAUUUUAAAAUAAAUUGUGCCUACAAAUAUAAACAA